AUGGAACUAAGGCCGAGAAUGCUCAAAGAGUGCCUCUUGGAAGAUUCAAAUUCAUGUUCAUCAAAUGGGUUCAAAUCUAUUCCAAGAAGGCCUCCUCUCAACCCCUUCCCAAUGAUACCAAAUAAGAAGAAGAAACAAUCCAACGCGUUGCAAGCUGUGAUCAAUGCAGUUAAGAACCUUCGUUCCAACGCCAUUAAAUCCACACCAUCAGGGAUUUUACCAAGGAGCCUUUCUCGCCGGCUAUCAUCAUCAAAGAACAAAGCAGAGAACCAAGCACGCAUCACCACCAUCGUUAGAGUCAAAGACAUCGUACGUUGGAGAUCCUCCAAGGACCUGCUGCAUGAAGACAUAUCACGUUUUGAACCAUCUCCACCUCAUCAGUACACAGCCAAGACGACCACAGGAUCCUGCACCACCACCAGCGGCACAUCCAGCAGCAGUUGGUGCGACUCUGACUUUACAUCAGAGUUUUUACCGUCAUCAUCAUGGGGUGGUAACGUUGAAAAAGAGGAAGGUGGUGAAAACUACAAGUUACAGUGUGUCGGCGAAGAUUCUUCCACAGCAGUAACAGACGCCGACACUGUAGUGGGACCUGAGGAGGACUUACAGUGUGAAGAGGAGCAGAACAGCCCCGUCUCUGUUCUUGAGAUACAACAUGACGAAGCAUCAGACUCUUCUUUCAGUCAAUGCCUUGAUAACGUGGAAAGAACCAAGCAAAAGCUCAUGGAAACGAUUCAACGGUUUGAGAGUUUGGCCAACAUUAGUCCUUUCAAUUUGGACGAAUGGGAUGAGGAAUCUUGCAAGGAUGAAAGUUGUGAUACAGAGAUUGAAAAUGACACUGAUGAUGAGGUUGAAGAGAAGGCAGCUAAGCUAUGGGACCGGGUCAAAGAAAGACAUGCAAUUUGGAUCCACGAAGAACAUCUGAUAAUGGACUAUUUCAGAGAUGAACUGAUGCAAAGAACAAACGAUACUAACCAAGACUUUGAGGAGCAAUUGGUGAGGGAGGCAAGAGGAUGGUUAGAGGGACAGAGAGUAUCAGAGCUUGAAUGCGGAACAGGUGAGCAGAGGAGACAAGCAUGUGCUAGAGAGAUUGAAAGACUAGAGUGGAAUGAGAAACGGAUGAAGGAGGAGCGUGAAGAGGUAGCUCUGCAGGUUGAGGAUGGACUCUUCAGCCUGCUAAUGAGUGAAACUUUGAAUGCGCUCUUCGAGUAA